AUGGUAUCGACGCAAAUAGCGGUCAUAGCUCCCUUCGACCGCGUUCCUAACGAGAUCAUCGAGCAUGUCGCUUUCUUCACCGCAACCCUAGGCCGCCCUGGUCCCCCAGCCGACCUCAUUUCUCUCCAGCUCGUCUCUCGCCGCUUCGCAUCCACGCUUUCCACGUCCACGAACCCGCAUUUCUAUGUUCUCAUCUUCAGGGCCAAAUUCGAUGCCGAGGCUUACUUCAGGAGGUUGGGGCCCGAGGCGAAGAUCUCGGAGAACGUGGUGAGGGAGCUGAAGAGGAGAUUCACGCUGUUGACGAGGUUUAGGGGGCUCCAGCAUUCGAAGGUGACUUUGAAGACGAAGGAGAUGCUUUGGAUGGCCUAUCUCAUGAUGCUCGAGAACGACGGGCUGAACGAGCGAACACUCAGGAAGUAUGGUAGGCUCGAUUCAUGGCUUCGUAACUUUUGGUUCGAUCCCGAAGGGGCGAGCUUCGCUACGUAUGCUCUCGGGGAUAAUCUCUGGCCGCCGGACUCGGAGUUUUCGACGCUAGCAAUGUGGUUGUUCUGGCUCCUACUCAAGCCGGAGGAGUAUCUUGUCCUCGAUGAACAGACCUUCCGCUCCAUCGUCAGCAUCCUCAAGCUUAUUGCGCUGGGUGCACACAAGUACCCAGUAACCCAGCCCGAAUGGAUCGAAUUCCUCCCCCCAUCCCCCUUGCGCAACACCACCCCGACAUCCUACGCCUCCUACCCCCUCCUCGUCGCCCCGCCUCUUGCCGCGCCCGCGAUCCUGAGCUAUCUCAGUCUGGCGCCGAAGAGCGUGAACAAGGCGGACACGUUCAAGAAUAGCCCGUUGGCGCCGAGUGGGAUAUGGCAGAUGUUGAGGGAGGAGGCGGAGGCGUUGAGUGCAGAGGAGGAGGAUGCAGAGGCGUUCAAAUUGGGAAACUUGGACGGAGUUUGGGAGGGACUUUUCACCUACACGGAGUUCACAGCGUACGCCGCCCUCCUCUCCGGCGCCCCUCCACCCACACUUCACCGUACGCUCGUCGCCCGCCACCAACAAACCUGGAAACUUCGCGAAUAUCAUCUUCUCGGUCCCGAAGAACCGAACGAGCCCCAGAGCGGCAACACCAACUCCAACACCAACAACACGGCGCAGAACGUCCCUGACCGGUACCGCCCGCUGUCGAUGGGAGACCCGCUGAGGGCGUACCUGCCCACGGGAGUGGAUAUCAGCAGGUGUCCGGGUUUGCUCUCUGUGCCCACGACGGACCCUCCAAAUCCCUUGACAUCCAACGCGUCGCCUCCACCCACUACCGCGCAAGACGAGAUCGAGCCGGUCGCGCAAACCGCCUAUCAGCGCCGCGUGCGCGACGUACUCAUCAAAGGCGAAGGCCACUCCGCCUGGGGCCAGUUCAAGCUCGUCGGCCGUGUGCGGCCGUACGACGGGUUCGUGAGCCUGAGCAAGGAGUAUCUGGACGGGGACCGGGGGAAGUGGUUGUACCGUGGGUUUUUGGUGGGCGAUAAGUAUGGGAGUUUUACGGGGAGGUGGAGGGAUACGUUGAGCCCGGCGGCGGUGCCGGGGUAUGAGGGGUGUUUCUUUAUGGGGAGGAGGAGGGGGGGAGGGAUGGAUGUGUGA